CUCAGAUCGGUUUCCUAUUUUGUCUUCCUGUCCAUGAAGUCAUCGGCUCUUGAAUAAGUAGCAUAUCAAACUUGCAGCUCGUCAUAGCGAACAUACGUUCCCCUUGUUAACGCUCACCCUCUCACUUACACUCUCACUACUCACUCACUCAUCCCUUUAUCGUCUCACACACUAACUCGCUCAAUCACUUAACUUACCAUCACCCCUCUGAACACGCCAAACACCCCCUGCAAGUCCAAGAUGCCUCUCGCAACACACUUCACCCUUAACACGGGCGCCAAGAUCCCCGCCGUCGGCUUCGGCACGUGGCAGGCCGGCCCGCAUGAGGUCGAGCGCGCCGUCGAGACGGCCCUGCGCUCCGGGUACCGUCACAUCGACUGCGCCGCCAUCUACCGUAACGAGGCCGAGGUCGGCGAGGGCAUCCGCAAGAGCGGCGUGCCGCGGUCCGACAUCUUCGUUACGGGCAAACUGUGGAACACCAAGCACGCGCCCGAGGACGUCGAGGCCGGCCUCGACAAGACGCUGGCCGACCUCGGCACAGACUACCUGGACCUGUUCCUCAUGCACUGGCCCGUAGCCUUCAAACCGUCGGAAAAGUGGUUCCCCAUCGAUUCCCAGGGCGUCUUCGAGCUGGCCGACAUCGACCCGGCAGAGACCUGGGCGGCCAUGGAGAAGCUCGUGGCCAAGGGCAAGGUCCGCGCUAUCGGCGUCUCCAACUUCACCAAGCACCGCCUCGAAGCCCUCCUCGCCAAGACGACGACGGUGCCCGCCGUCAACCAGGUCGAGGCCCAUCCGUACCUUCAGCAGCCCGACCUCCUGGCGUUUUGCAAAUCCAAGGGCAUCCAGCUGGCCGCCUACUCGCCGCUCGGCAACAACCAGACAGGCGAGCCGCGGACGGUGGACGACCCGCUCGUCGGCGAGCUGAGCAAGCAGCUGGGCAUCGACGGCGGCCAACUGCUCGCCUCGUGGGGCGUCCAGCGCGGCACCGUCGUGCUGCCCAAGAGCGUCACGCCGAGCCGGAUCGAGUCCAACCACCAGGUCCGCGAGCUGCCGGCCGACGUUUUCGACAGGCUCAACGGCCUCGAGAGGAACAAGCGCUUCAACUGGCAGACGAGGUGGGGGUUCGACAUCUUCCAGGAGCUGGGCGAGGAGGAGGUCAAGCGCGUGGCGAGGGAGACGGGGCCCGAGAACCUGACCAAGUUUAAAGUGUAGACGCGUAUCCUUUAUCCUCGAUUCCCUUCCAAAGAGUAAAUGUAAUCCUCGAGAAUUAUAUAGACAUUUUUGUUCGUUGGCCCUUCCAUUGACCCGGCCUCACUUUCGU